AUGAUGGUGGACGUUCGCGCAAAAUACGACGGUUAUGUUGUACGCCGCACGCUCGGUUCCCUCGACUGGGAGGGCAAGGCGAUUUCGGGCCUUCCCCCUUACGCGGAACACAUCCUUAUGCUCAAGUUGACCGGCGAAGAGUACAAGAACCUGGACACGAUCGCUAACGAGGCCGCGGAACUCAACCCAGGCGGUUCUAUCGCCUACAACAGCGGAAAAACUGCUGCAAACCGCGCGAUGUGGGCUGAAGACGCCGGCACACCGCGCGUGCGUCUUGGACGCACGCCCGCGUGGGGCCACGCAGGAUGCGGGCUGAAGACGCUGGCACACCACGCGUGCGUCUUGGACGCACGCCCGCGUGGGGCCACGCAGGAUGCGGGCUGA